AUGUCACAAGACCAGGAAUCAAUGAGCAGCAGUGGACUUGGCAGCAGCUCCAGCUUGCUUCAGGGCCGGCGUUUCUACUGUCGGGAAUGGGCCCUGGACAAGCUGCGGCGUUGCCUGGACGCUCGCUCCAUGCUGGGCCAGAUGCCUGGGCUGCUGGUGAUAGGGGGUCCCGGCACUGGCAAGACCGCCCUGUGCACCGAAGUGGUGUGGCCCACUUCGAAGGCAGGGAUGGAAGUCGGGCUGGCACCUCGCUGCCUGGCAUAUCACUUCUGCCAGAGGGAAGACCAAAGGAGUACGGUCUUGUGGAGGUUUGUCCUGGGCCUGGUGGAGCAGCUUAGGGCCUCACCAAACCUCCCUUCAGGAUACAAAGAGAUCCUCAACAGCCCAUCUGUAUCUUCAGCUCUGGAACCUCUCGCCUGUCAAAGAGACCCUGAUGACACCUUCAAGAGGUCAGUGCUGGGACCCCUGUUGGACCUUCCUCCCCCAGCCCAGUCACUGAUGCUGGUGGUGGACUCCCUGGAUGUAGGCUAUGGGAUGGGCGAAGGAGGCAGGAAGAGCGGCUCCAUCGCAGAGCUCCUGGCUGCUAAUCAACACCUGCUGCCUGGCUGGCUGCUGUUGGUCUGCUCUGUUCGCCGCCACAACAAGGCCAUCUGCAAAAUGUUCUCAGGUUUUCGUAAGCUCUGCCUGGAUGAUCUUCGGAAGCCCCCACCGGUCCGUGACGUGCAGCAGUACAUCCUCUGCCGGCUUGACAAAGAAGCAGCUCUUCGCCGUCAGCUCACCCCCGACACUGCUGACAUGCUGAAUCUGCUGCACAUCAAGAGUGGCGGCUGCUUUCUUUUCCUUGAGCGUGUGUUGGACGGCGUGGCGGCUGCCCUAGUGGGUCUGAGGGAGAUCCGGGACAUCCCAGGGACUCUCAAUGGCCUCUACCUUUGGCUGUGCCAGAGACUCUUCCCCCGUGGGCUCUUCAUCUACGUAAAGCCACUCCUUAAUGUACUCUUAGCUGCCCCGACGCCUCUCACGCCCAAGCAGUUGUUCACAGCAGCCUGGACUCAUGACACCACCCUCAGCAUCGUGGACUUCCAGAACAAGCUCCGAACCCUCUCUCCACUCCUGAUUGAUGGCCCUGGGGGCAGCAAACUACUUUUUCACGCCAGCUUUGCUGAGUGGCUGACAGAUGUCAAAUACUGUACACAGAAGUACCUGUGUAGCAGAGCAGAGGGUCAUAGCAUGCUUGCCAUGGCUCUGACUCUGCAGGGACCUCACCUGGACAUUGAGGACACUUGUCAGCUAGCCACACAUUUAGUUUGCUCAGGUCACCAUAAAGAUAAUCCUUCAUUAUUGGCACUAUGGAUGCUGUGGGCAGGUGUGCCUGAUCUUACACCUAGCUGCAGCAGUGCCCUAAGUACAUCCUUAACUCAGCCUCCUGUUCUUGUCAGUCAGGAUGUCCUCCAGCUGUUAAUGAGGACUGGGCUCAUCACUCCAGCCUGUUUUCCAAAUGCACACUCAAGUGUUGGAGUGCUUUGUAUAGGUGAAGAGGGAACUAAUGUAAAACAGGCAUCUGAGAGGGAGGGGUCUGUAAAGAAACUGCUGGACAGUGGAGUGUCUUUAAACCCGUUUGGAUCUACAGAUGGACAGACUUUGUUGGCCAGCGCAGCCCAUGAGGGUUCUGUAAAUGUAGUAGAACUUCUCCUGACACAAGGAUCUGAUCCAUUGAUCAGUGAUCAUCAGGGUCAAACACCACUGACCUUGGCUUCCAGGCAGGGUCUUGUAAAAGUGUUGUCUGUGCUCCUGGAAUGGGCCAAGAACCAGGAGCCAGAAAAAGCAGCCGGGAUGAUGGAGCAUGUCGACAAUGAAGGCUGGACAGCACUGCGCUCUGCAGCUUGGGGAGGUCACAGCGAGGCAGUCAGGCUUCUGCUGGAUGCAGGGGCAGAUGUGGAUGGAUGUGACGGUGAGGGUCGAACUGCUCUCAGAGCUGCAGCCUGGGGGGGGCAUGAGGAAACAGUCCUGACCCUGCUGGACUAUGGUGCACAGGUUGACAAAGCUGACAGCAAAGGCCGCACGCCGCUUAUUGCUGCUGCUUAUAUGGGACAUCAUGAAGCUGUGGAGAUAUUGCUGGACCACAAUGCAGAUGUUAACUUAGCUGAUGGAGAUGGGCGCACUGCUCUGUCAGUUGCUGCCCUCUGUGUCCCUACAGCAGCAGGGGUCAAAGGUUAUGGGGAAGUAGCAUGCCUGUUGCUGGAGCGUGGAGCAGAUCCUGGACACAGAGACCAUGAUGGAAUGACACCACUGCUCCUUGCAGCCUAUGAGGGUCAUGACGACAUCGUUGAACUUCUGUUAGAAGCUGGUGCUGACGUAGAUGAGACAGCUGGCCCUGACGGCAGUGCCCCUGCUGCAGCUGCUGUUACUCCCCUGCUGGCUGCUGCAGCAAUGGGCCACAUGCAGACGGUGUCACGGCUGCUUUUCUGGGGAGCAGCUGUGGACGCCAUUGAUUGCGAAGGCAGGACAGCACUGUGCCUGGCAGCGGCAAGGGGCAGUACUGAGGUUGUCCGCGCCCUCCUGGACCGAGGCCUGGAUGAGAACCACAAGGAUGACCUUGGCUGGACACCACUGCAUGCUGCUGCCUGCGAAGGCCAUCGAGCUGUGUGUGCUGCUUUGACAGAACGAGGCAGCAUGGCACGUGUUGGCGAGCUGGACAUUGAAGGACGUACUCCUCUUAUAUUGGCUGCCCAAGAAGGUCACUGGAGCACUGUCAGGCUGCUGUUGGACAGACGUUCACCUAUAGACCAUAGGGCUUACGAUGGACAUUCUGCCUUGAGUGCAGCACUUCUGGAGAGCCAUGCUGAGGUGGCAGAGCUGCUUAUGAGGCGAGGAGCUGACACUGAUGUCCGGGACGCUGAGGGACGGCCUUUACUCUACAUCCUGGUCUUGGAGAAUCAUCUUGAAAUGGCUAUCCUCCUCAUUGAGAAAGGGGGGGUGCCUCUAGAGUCCCGAGAUUCUGAAGGCCGUACAGCGAUACAUGUGGCCUCCUGGCAGGGGUGUGUGGAGAUGGUAGAGCUACUUUUGAAGCAUGGAGCAAACCCCAAUGCACAGGAUGCAGAGGGGAGACCCCCACUGCAUUCAGUGGCUUGGAACGGACAUGGUGAAGUGGGGCGUCGUCUCCUGGGAGCCAAUGGAGUCAAUAUAGACCUUGCUUGCCACCAGGGGGCAACGGCUCUGAGCAUUGCCGCCCAGGUGGGACAUGCUAACAUCGUUGCAAUGCUUCUGGAGAGAGGUGCAAAUCCCAACCACAUGGAUAAAUAUGGCCGUAGUCCUGUCAAAGUGGCAGGGAAACACAGGCACUCCAAUAUUGUCAGGCUUUUGGAGAGCUACGGAGCCAAGCCAUACUUAGGCAUGCUGCCUCACUCCAGUACUAUCUCCCCUGCAAAACCCAAUAAGAUCCCAUCCUUAGGCAUCUCAGAUAGUAAUGGAGAUGAAGUCGCAGCUGCUACCUCCUCCUCUUCAAUAUCUUCUCCCGGCUCCACUGCAGAAAGAUUUCACUCCAUUCAGAGCUCCCAGACGUCAUCGACCUGCCACUCGCUUGCCACGGUGCAGACGGUUCCAGCUGACAGCCUCAGCUUCAUCCAGCAGAUCCAACAGCACUCCCUGCCCCGCAGCCGUAGCCGUCCCUCUACCCUCCCUCCUCCGGGGAGCUCAGGUAUGGGUAGCCUCCAUGGAAGCAGCCAGAGGCAUCGCAAAGGCAGCCCUCCCCCUACUGUUUGCACAGUCACUGCCAUGGUGCACAACUGUGAACUGCCUCAGAAAGGCUCCUCAUCUGGACUUGAAUAUCACGACAAAAUAAACAAACAAAACUUAAUAACAGCAGACAGGACUGCUUACACAGGUGGUAAAUGGCACUCAGUCAUGGCUUCUUUGGGGAUAAUGCCUGGGCAAGACAACCCUGCUGUAGGUGCUAAAAGCAGAGAGAAUCCUCCUGUUGGCUACCCAUAUAGGUUACAGAGCCCGCUUCAAGGGGAUGCUUGGGAUUCUCUACCCCAUAAGAACAUUCUGUCACCUUCUUGCUACAGUUUUGCGCCAGUCCCACCUUGUAGUGCCUUGCCAGAGGAUGUUAUGGUCACCAUGACAACCACAGACCCCCAGCUUAAUCUUAAACAGGCCAUCAAACUGCAAUUUGAAGGUCCCACCAGUUCAGCCUUAUACAAAAGAGAGACACCCCUGUGACUGGUGCUCCAAAGUGGAUGGUGGUUUUCGCCAUGUAAAAUGACUUUAUGCGUUCAGAUGAGAGAGGAAGAAGAGAGGUGAUCUCUUUCUCCACCCACCUUCAGAAGACCACAGGAAGAAUGAACUGAAUGGCAUUGACGCUGACUUACAUUCCUGCCCUUUUGGUUUCUGUUGUAUACUGUAUGUUAAGCAGGGCUCUCCGAGACUAGAUGAUGCUGAUUCAUUUAAAAUGUAAAGCACAACUGUGUUCAUUUUCAUUAUACUGUCAUCAGCACCAAUAUGCUUUUUCUUAUUUUAUUUUAAUUUAUUUGGUCCAGUAAGACUUAAAUCUAGAGCCAUAUGUUUUUUCUUAGCUCUAUAGUGAUUAACACUCGCUAUUACGAGAGAAAGUCUCCAGGUUAUGUUCUGAAUUUUUUUUUCUA